CCCUUCACGGCUACAACACACGACCUCUUACGAACCCGCCCUCAACAGCUAUGAGCUCGCGUACCAAGUCCCCGCUCGCAAAGUGCCUCUUGGUCUUCGUUGCACUGUUCGGCAUCUUCUUCUCGCACGCCGCUGCUAUGCCAUCGAUUGCGCUCGAGAAGCGCGAUGUAUACACGCCGCCCGUGCUCUACCCGCACGCUGGUACCGUCUGGUACAAGGGCCAGACCCACAACGUCACCUGGGACGUCUCUGACCCGCCGGCGAACAUCACCAACCCGAUCGCGUCGCUCAUGCUCCGGAAGGGCCAACUCCCCACGCCUCUGAUUCUCGCAAACAACUUCAGCAUCCUUCUCGGCCGUAUCGAGGUCACCGUCCCCUGGGUCACCGAAGGUGACGACUAUAUCGUCGUCCUAUUCGGCGACUCCGGCGACUGGAGCCAGGAGUUUACCAUCAAGGAGUAACUUCCCGACCGACGUGCCGCCACAGCUCCUUUGUCUGGAGGGGCGCGCACCGCGCCAUGCCGAUGAUGACCGGACCUCCCUGGCUGUCGAUAAGCUGUGAACGGUACCGCCGCACGCACUUACGAUACAUUCGGACUACUAUACGUCUCAUGGACUUUCAGCGUCAUCACGGACUUACGGACACUGCUUUCGUUGUUGUACAAACUAACCUGCUAUCGUUUGUCAUUGAUGUUAUCUAAGCUGUACUAUACACACUUCAUACGUGUAUCGCAUUCGCCUUUCGCCUUGCUAAUCAUUAAUGA